AAAAAUCCACUUCUCUGGCUCAACUGUGACAAGACACCAGCUCCACGGUCUUUUUUAAUUUUAUUUUCCAGCAAAUGUUUGCUCUCAUGGCAGGAAUCUCCUGAAUGGACAUCAACAACAAUCUUUUUUAAGUUCUUGCAACAAUACUCGGCUCAACUUGUGUGGAGACUUUGACUCCACCGACCCCCUAAAUGCCUUUCUCUGAGAAAAGGUGGUGGACGUUCUUUGCUUUGAAUGUGUACAAGCAACAAAUUACUUGAUAAAGAUGGGUAAUAAGCAAACAAUAUUCACAGACGAGCAACUUGAUGCUUAUCAGGACUGCACAUUUUUUACUCGCAAAGAAAUUUUGCGGUUGCACAGCAGAUAUCAUGAGUUGGCUCCACAUCUUGUACCAAUGGACUACACCAAUGAACCGGAUUGUAAACUGCCUUUAGCGCUGAUUGUUGACAUGCCAGAAUUAAAGGAAAACCCAUUCCGCAAUCGGAUUGUGGAGUCAUUCUCCGAGGAUGGGAUGGGGAACCUCAGUUUCAAUGAAUUUGUAGACAUGUUCUCAGUCCUCAGUGAAAUGGCUCCAAGAGAACUUAAGGCCAUUUAUGCCUUUAAGAUAUAUGAUUACAAUGUGGAUAAUUACCUGUGCAAGGAGGAUCUUGAGAAAACUUUAAAUAAGCUGACAAAGGAGGAGUUGACUCCUGAGGAGGUUGAAUUGGUGUGUGAGAAAGCCAUCGAGGAGGCAGAUUUGGAUGGAGACAAUAAACUCUCCUACACUGACUUUGAAAACAUGAUAUCCAGGGCUCCAGAUUUUCUAAGCACCUUUCAUAUCCGUAUCUGAGAUGGAUGGUUUGACCGUUCGGAUGUCAGCAGUUUCAUAAACCUGGGGACUGAACCAGUGCUAUCCCUGCCACAUCACCACUCUGACCUUCAGUUAGGCAGUAAACUCUUCUGAAUGUGAUCUUAUCUAAAGAAAACCUGCAAGCCCAAAUUUAGGGUAAAAGUAUACAGUUGCCUCAAAAUCCAAUCCAGUCAUGUUUAGUAAAUAAGAAUCUGUGUUCUCAUGAGUCUCUUUUGUCAGAUUAAAAAUAGAAUUGAAUGAAAUGACAUGUGCCUUAAAUAGGGCUUUAAUUGGACACGUAAAGAUGUUUCACAAUAAAAUGAGCCAUUUCUCUUCACUCACACAUUCGCAUGCUGAUGAUGGCAAGCUGCUGGAGUGGAGCUACAUCUGAUAGUCUGACAGAAGCAAUGUUAAACAAACCUUUUGAAAAUAAAAACUUUAUUCA